AUGGUGGAUGUAAAGCCGAUUGAAUUUGGGACCCCGGGACCCCGGAAGGAAGUGGUGCAGCCCCUGCGCAAGCCCCCAACACCGCCAGAUGACUACUUCCGCAAACCAUCUGUAUUUCUGUAUUCUCUAGACUCCUGCAGCGAUGAUGUUGACUCUCUGACGGAUGAGGAGAUCCUGGGGCGCUACCAACUGGGCAUGCUGCACUUCAGCACACAGUACGAUCUCAUCAACGCUCACCUCACCGUGCGAGUCAUCGAGGCCCGGGACCUGCCCCCUCCUGUAACAUGCGAUGGUGCUCGCCAAGACAUGGCCCACUCCAACCCCUACGUGAAGAUGAGCCUACUGCCCGACCACAAGAACUCCAGGCAGACCGGCGUUAAACGCAAGACCCAGAACCCGGUUUUUGAAGAGCGUUUCACUUUUGAGGUCCCCUUCCUGGAGGCACAGAGACGCACCCUACUGCUCUCCGUGGUCGACUUUGACAAGUUUUCACGGCACUGCGUCAUCGGGAAAGUGUCUCUUCCUCUUAGUGAGGUUGAUCUAGUGAAGGGAGGACACUGGUGGAAGGCCCUGGUGCCCAGCUCUCAGAAUGACUGCUUGAAUUUCGCCGAAUGGCUCUCCCAUUUUGCAGGUCUGAACGCCCGACGGCCAAGCUCCCCCAUGGUGGAUGUAAAGCCGAUUGAAUUUUGGGCCAUGGGACCCCGGAAGGAAGUGGUGCAGCCCCUGCGCAAGCCCCCAACACCGCCAGAUGACUACUUCCGCAAACUGGAGCCCCAUCUGUAUUCUCUAGACUCCUGCAGCGAUGAUGUUGACUCUCUGACGGAUGAGGAGAUCCUGGGGCGCUACCAACUGGGCAUGCUGCACUUCAGCACACAGUACGAUCUCAUCAACGCUCACCUCACCGUGCGAGUCAUCGAGGCCCGGGACCUGCCCCCUCCUGUAACAUGCGAUGGUGCUCGCCAAGACAUGGCCCACUCCAACCCCUACGUGAAGAUGAGCCUACUGCCCGACCACAAGAACUCCAGGCAGACCGGCGUUAAACGCAAGACCCAGAACCCGGUUUUUGAAGAGCGUUUCACUUUUGAGGUCCCCUUCCUGGAGGCACAGAGACGCACCCUACUGCUCUCCGUGGUCGACUUUGACAAGUUUUCACGGCACUGCGUCAUCGGGAAAGUGUCUCUUCCUCUUAAUGAGGUUGAUCUAGUGAAGGGAGGACACUGGUGGAAGGCCCUGGUGCCCAGCUCUCAGAAUGAGGUUGAGCUUGGUGAGCUUCUUCUGUCCUUAAACUACCUGCCCAGUGCUGGUAGGUUAAAUGUGGACAUCAUCCGAGCAAAGCAGCUGCUUCAGACGGACAUGUGCCAAGGCUCGGAUCCUUUUGUUAAGGUGCAGUUGGUGACAGGCCUUAAGUUGAUGAAGACUAAGAAGACGUCCUGUAUGAGGGGCACCAUUGACCCCUGCUACAACGAGUCCUUUAGCUUCCGUGUACCUCAAGAGGAACUGUGUGAAGUCAGUCUUGUGUUCACAGUUUACGGGCAUAACGUGAAGAGUAGCAACGAUUUUGUUGGUCGCAUUGUCAUCGGCCAGUUCUCCACCGGCCCGCAGGAAACCACGCAUUGGCGCCGGCUCCUGGGCUCUCAGCGCACCCCGGUGGAACAGUGGCACAGCCUGCGCUCCCGUGCCGAGUGUGACCGCGUCUCUCCGGCUUCGCUCGAGGUCACAUAAUACUAACACAGGACAGUCACUGCAGGUGGGAUAGAGAUCUAUGGAAAAGAACUUUAACCUACAACUUAAGACACAACCAUCUAGGAGUUUCCUGGUGGUUCUAUGUAUAAUUUAUAUUGGUAUGAAACAUAAACUAAUAGAUCUAUUCUCUAUAGAAUAGUUGGCUCUGUCUUGGUGUUAUUUGUGUUCACUCUCCCUUACCAUUAUUAUAAUGAGGAGAUAUAGACCGUAGAAAAGACCGCAGAGAGUUUCUCUGUUUCUGAUGACGAGCAGAAGCCUGCUGUCCAUGUUUUCUUUUUAUCACAUUGAUACUAUCUUACAUGGGAGCUCAGUAAUCUCAUCAUCAUCUGAUCCUCGGCUGCGUUCAGGCUGUGAGGCUCAGGCAGUUGAGACCAUACCUAACCACUGGUUUGGUCUGCAGUGUUUUAAUAAUCAUAUUGUUUCUUUUUUCAGACUUCAAUAUGAUUGCAGUUCUUGAAGUAGUUGGAAAUCUGUGGCAACACAGUUGGUCAUUUUUAUUGUCUGCUUUGAAUGUUUCAAGUGCGAUUUUACACCAAAGCUUGGUUUGGUUGAGUUUUGUGACCCGUAUCACUGUUCUUCAUGCACGUAUUGAUCAUUGAUUGUGUUUAAGUGUUUGUGAGUGUGCGUUUGGUAAAUGUUUGCACUUAUGGCAGCUGAAGUCUACAGAAACCCUAA